AUGCUUGACAUUCUCAUCACCUUCCUGGUAUUCUGUCUCAGACGCAUCCGCGGUCUGUGGUAUCUGGUCCGGGGUCCAGAUAUCAUUGACAAGGCAUAUCUUUCAGCAGAGGGGAAGCCAUUUAUGAUAUCUACUCCGUCGAAUGAUCACUGGUUGGUUACGUCGAACGAUCUUAUCACGGAGCUGGUCAACGCGCCGCUUGAAAACCUGUCACUACAUGCUGUAGCUAAAGAGAUUCUACAACCCAAAUACACCAUGUUUGGCUUCGAGUGGCAAGACCAACGAGGCGUCGAGGGGACCGGCUUUGUCCGUGCCUUGCGAAGUAGACUUACGGCUCAUCUGCCCAUUCUAAUGCCCGAGUUACAGAGGAUCGUCGAGACUGCCAUUGCAGACGAGCUUGCAGUGCCUGGUAACGACGGAUUCGUGCAUUGCAGAUUGUUCUCUAUGAUCAAGCGAACCGUCACAAAGGUCAACUGCUUUGCCUUCUUCGGGGAGGACCUUGCGCAGAAUCUUGAAUUCACCGCGGCUGCGCUGGAAUUUCCGCAGAGGGUCAUCCUAGCCGCUGAGAUUCUGCGUAUCACACCGGGUUUCCUCCGACGGUCCGUUGCCAACCUAGUGACGCGACAACACUACGCCGUCAGGAUACUAUUCCGCUAUCUGGAGCCAAUUGUGGAGAAGCGGUUAGCAACGAGGGCCAAAUCGACCAGCUCUAUGCAAGAAGAUGCUCCGGUUGGAUUCAGCUUUCGGCACAAAUUGGCCAGCUCGGCUAACCACCUGCAGAUGGAUUGCAUGCAGUGGCUGAUUGACACGUCGCCACGGAAAAUACAAUGGACCACGACCAGAAUGGUUGGUGAGAUUAUCGCGGUCUGGUUUGGCUCGGUACACCAGCUGGCAAUGACCACCACAUACGCCAUCGAGGAUCUCUGUCUGCAUAACGACUACGUUGAGCCGCUUCGAGCCGAGAUCCAACAGUACCUCGCGGGCUCAUGCAGGAGAAGGGUGGCUGAGAUGCCGCUCCUCGACAGUUUUGUGAGGGAAUCGAUUCGCUGCACCAAUUCGGAUGCCAGUGGGUGUUGGCAAUCCUUUCUGGAUGGUUACAUGCAGCCCUUGCUGAUUCAGGCAGUUACCGUCCGACGGAAAGCGCUGGCCCCAUUCGUGUUUUCUGACGGACUCGAAGUCGCAGAGGGUGAUUGGGUAUGUAUCCCGCAACGAGCGAUGAUGCGCGAUCGCGAUCGGAUCAGAUACCAGAAUCCGCAAGCAUUCGACGGGUUUCGAUUCGCCAGAGCAAACAAGCAGCUACGCGCGGGAGAUGUGCCUCUGGACGUACCCGAGAGCAGCCCUCUGACAAUGACAGAUGUUAGCGUGGACUGGCCAAUUUGGGGGCUGGGAAACACCGCCUGUCCCGGCAGGUUUUACGCCACAACAAUCCUCAAGCUGAUUAUGGUGUGUAUUCUGGAGGGAUGGGAGUGUCGGUUGGAAGAUGCCGGUAGUCAACGGUGGAGGACGUGGCGGUCAAGCAUAGUACCCCGCGAGGGUACAGUUGUACUGUUCAAGAGGAAGGAAUAA